CUGUGACUCAGUAUGGUUUUGUCCUUUGCAGCGACACCAACUCACGAACACAGGAAUGACGAAAAGCAAAACAAAACCGUCGUUGUGGAAGAUAAUGCAACUUUUCAUGGCCGUUGUCGUGCGCUCUAUACCAACCAGAUUUUCGACUAUCUUCAACUUUAUCGGUUGUCUCGCCAUGUGUUAUUUAUUGGUCACCGCCAUCGGCUACGCCUCGUCCAAUAACGGCGACCACAUUAUCGAAACUAAUGACAUUUCACAGGUAGAUUUCCGUCAGGAGCAAAUGUCCAAUUCCAAACCGGAAUCACCAGAGUCACCACCCAAAACGAUUUUAUUCUGGACGCCGUAUUACAAUCGGACAGAUUUCACCUUCGGAUUUGGUCGCGAUCCCUUUGUCAAAUUCGGCUGCAAAGUGAGCAAUUGCAUAACAACCAACGAUCGCACAUUGCUCAAUGAGAGCGACGCCGUUAUCUUUCACGCGUUGCAAGUUUCUAGUCGAGACCUUCCGGCCCAUCGACAGCCGCAACAGCGUUUCAUUUUCUUCUUGUACGAAACGAUUCCAAACACAUCCAUCCCGUGCGUUGGCAAAUGUCUGCCCUCCAGCCAGUACAAGCCGCACUAUUUCAACUGGACAAUGACGCACCGUCGCGACUCCGACGUCUACGUGGCAGAACCUUACGGGGCCGUCGCUCCCAAGUAUUGGACCCUUCCGACACAGCUGCCCGACGAAUUGUCACCUGAUACUCUUCCGGCCAAUCCAGCUGUUCUCCUCAAUCGAAACUAUCCGCAUCUAGCCAACCGGACGAAGAUGGUGGCCUGGUUCGCCUCGCAUUGUCCGACCCACAGCCAGCGCGAGGACUACGUCAAAGAAUUGUCCAAUCACAUCCAAGUGGACAUUUACGGCAAAUGCGGAACGAUGGAAUGCCUUCCGCGCAACAGCCACCGAUGCGAGAGUUUGCUCGACAAUUACAAAUUCUAUUUGGCAGCGGAAAACUCUUUGUGUCCGGACUACGUGUCAGAGAAAUUCUACCGGGCGUUGACCAACGACAUCGUGCCCAUCGUCUACGGCGGGGCCGAUUACACCGAGUACGCUCCUCCGCAUUCGUUCAUCAACAUUGCCAACUUCAAGUCGCCAAAACACUUGGCCGACUACCUGACAUUGUUGGCCAACAACGACCACCUCUACAUGGAAUAUUUCCAAUGGAAAAAACACUACGCCGUCGUUCGAUCGCCGAAGAAGGGAUGGUGCGACCUGUGCGCCAAACUCAACGAGCCCAGUCAGCAAAAGAAAACGAAAACCUACCAAGACGUAGCCGAAUGGUGGGUGAGGAAAUUGCCCUGCUAUCCAGGGUCAUCGUUCCUCAUGAGCCACACGUAAAUGUUGAAAUGUAAUUCGUUGUCAAAUGUGACCGUCUUUGGUCAUUUUCAGUCGCUGCUGUUCCACAAUUUCACGCUUUGAAAAUGUGGAGAGACGCAAAUAAUAAUAAUGAAAAAAUACAUUUGUAUUAUGUAUUAA